GAUUGGCUGCUGAAGGCUUGGUCCCAUCCCAGUGACCCCAAAGUGCUGGAGGGAGGGGGCGGGGGUGGCCCAGUGCAAAGUGCAUCCUGAAAGCCCCCCGCCUGGUGCCCCCGCGGCUGGUACCGAGGACCCUACCCAAGCCGAGACCUCGCUGCCCCGACAGCUCCCGUGUCCUCGCCUCGGAGCUGGGAGCCUCCGGCCCGGACCGCGGCAGCCCCUCUGCUCGGAGCCUUCAGACCGGGACCCCCCCCCCCCUUCCCGCCCGUCCCCGAGCCGGGACUUCCUCCCUGCACCCCUGCCCCGAGGCUGCCCCGCGGCCGGGACCGCCGCCUAGCGUCUGUGGAUGCUCGCCGGGCUGGGGCCGGGAGGCUCGGAGGAGGCUCCGGAACCCCCGUGUCCGGCCCUGCCCGAGGCAUUUCUUCAAUGGAGAAGUUGGUGAGUGUGGAGGAGGCUGAGAGGAGGAAGCGCCGCAGCAGCUGAGGAGACAGGUUUGGUGUUUGGCUCCCGGAGCCUGGAAAGCAAGAGAGGCCUGCCCACCCACCUGGGAAGUAGCCGAGAGCUUCUAGCUGUAGCAUCCUCCGUUGCAGGUAAAGGAAGCUGAUCCGUCAUCCGGACGCUCUCUGAGACCCGCCCCACGAUGCUGUAUGUGCACAAUGCUUACUAGGCGGCCCCCUCCCAGGAGAAGGGACUUUCUUCCGGAAGGCUGACCCCUGUGACCUAAUGCAUCCUUUGUAAGCAGUGGACUCCGCUAGGAUGUUACACCACCACUGUCGGAGGAACCCUGAGCUCCAGGAAGAGUUGCAGAUCCAGGCCGCGGUGGCCGCCGGGGAUGUCCACACCGUCCGGAAGAUGCUAGAACAAGGCUAUUCGCCGAAUGGCCGGGAUGCGAAUGGCUGGACCCUGCUCCACUUCUCAGCAGCCAGAGGGAAGGAAAGAUGCGUCCGAGUCUUUCUAGAACACGGAGCUGACCCCACGGUCAAGGACUUAAUCGGCGGCUUCACGGCGCUGCACUACGCCGCCAUGCACGGCCGGGCCCGCAUCGCGCGCCUGAUGCUGGAGUCCGAGUACCGGAGCGACAUCAUCAACGCCAAGAGCAACGACGGCUGGACUCCCCUGCACGUGGCUGCCCACUACGGCCGGGACUCGUUCGUCCGCCUCCUGCUAGAGUUCAAGGCCGAGGUGGACCCGCUCAGUGACAAGGGCACGACGCCGCUGCAGCUGGCCAUCAUCCGGGAGCGCUCGAGCUGCGUGAAGAUCCUGCUGGACCACAGCGCCAACAUCGACAUCCAGAACGGCUUCCUGCUGCGCUACGCCGUCAUCAAGAGCAACCACUCGUACUGCCGCAUGUUCCUGCAGCGCGGGGCCGACACGAACCUGGGCCGCCUGGAGGACGGCCAGACGCCCCUGCACCUGUCCGCCCUCCGCGACGACGUGCUCUGCGCGCGGAUGUUGUACAGUUACGGGGCGGACACGAACACGAGGAACUACGAAGGGCAGACCCCGCUGGCGGUUUCGCUCAGCAUUUCCGGCAGCGGGCGGCCGUGUUUGGAUUUCUUGCAGGAAGUCACACGGCAGCCCCGAAACUUGCAGGACCUGUGCCGAAUUAAAAUCCGACAGUGUAUAGGCCUUCAGAACCUAAAGCUACUUGACGACCUCCCCAUUGCCAAGGUCAUAAAAGACUACUUAAAACACAAAUUCGACGGCAUCUGACAGACACAGGCCCCCGGGCGCGGGGCCGGGCGCUCUGUCCCAGAUACCCCUAAGGCCGUUCGCCUUGCACAAAGUAUAUCCUAUGCAAUUUCUGAUCCGCCGAGAAGUCAGAAAGCAGGUGUACACUUUUAGAUGUUUAUUCUUUCUGUUUGUUUUUAUUUUUUAUUUUUUCGUUCGUUUGUUCAGUUGGUUUUCGUUGUACGGGAGGGGUUGUUGGUUUUUUAUAUAUAUAUAUCUAUCUAUAAACACACCACAUGCUUGACGGUCUUAAUUUGGUUUCUUGGUCCAGGUUUGAGAGGUCCAAGCUUUCUCCCCGAUGCCGCACUCACAACAGCUUGUGGGGUGGUGGUUGUUCUCCCCCCACCCCCCACCCCCUCCCCCACCCCCAAAUGUCGCGAGCAGGCUUGGAGCGGAGAAUCCGCCCUUUGCCAAUGUUAUGGGUUCAUGGGCUUGUGCAUGUUACCAACCAACAGAGCACAUGUUAACGUUGGGAGUCCUCGUCCCACCCGGGACGGGGUUCUGGGUUCUACUGGAAAAUGCGCCUCCCCCGCCCCCCAAAAUUUUGUAAGUACUCCUGUCCCCUCGUUUGUUUUUUUAAUGAAUACAGAUCAGCUGUUUGAAAUGGUUCCUUUCCUAGUUCCUGUCGCUUUCGGUGGUUUGGGGGGGGUGGGGGGGACCUAACCCCAGUACCUCUCUCUUCCCGGUCAGCGUGCUCUUUUAACUUAUUUUUUUUAACCAUCGCAGGACGCUACCCGGAGACACGGGGCCUCCGAGAGUCUCUGUGGGAAUAGUGCUUUAAAAAAAAAAAAAAAAAAAAACUAACGGGAGAGAAAAUCACUUUCUAAAGCCACUGUCUUCUGUUUUUCUAAAGCGCCUCCAGUGCAAUACAGUCCUUUCUCGGGUGUCUUUUGGCCAUUAUCUCGCUUGAUGUUCCCCAUGCCACGGCCGCCGGCUCUGACGGGCCCGUGAGCGCAGGCACUGCCACUUUCGUGUGAAUUGCGGGGCCGGAGUCCCCGGGUCGCAGUUUCCAUUCAGGGCUUCGUCCUUUCCCCCACGUGGAUGGAGCCGAAAAUUUCACCUCCGGGUGGGAGAGCAUUUUUCCCUAAAAAUAGCCCCAAACGCCAUUAAACCCUGUGGCUCUCAUGGUGGAAUCGUUCGAGGUGGUUCCAUGGCGUUUUUUGUGUUGUGUUGGGUGUUUUUUUUUUCCUCCCUAGUUAAGCCAGACCUCGAAAGGGUGACAUUUCUAAUCGGCGCGCAUUGGUGAAUCUGGUGAACCUCCUAAGGUGCCGAUGAGCCCUUACCCGCGGGGACCUUAUUUCCUGGGUUGAUAGGGCUGGCAGUGUGAAAACGCAGACGUGAUAGCGCGUCCGUAACCACGCAGAAGCUUCCAGAAGCCGCAGGGACCUGGGAUGAGGCCCUUGGAAGUGGGUGCCGCGCCUGACGGGUCAUUUCGUUUCCAAAAAGCCUCUUCCAACUUCCCAGGAUGGUUCCUGGCGCUUUGGGCAACGCCCGGUAACGCAUCGUAACUCGUUUCUCAUCAGAGGUUGGCUCGGGGAGGGACUGGCCUCGUCCGAGUCUCUGCUUCUACGUCCCCAAGUGGGGAGCUGUUUCCACAGCGAAUUGGGGGCCUCCUGUGGCUUGUCCUUGGGGAAAAGGGUGCCUCGGGGGUCGCCGAUGGGGGAGCCGUGAGCGUGUGGCCGGUUUUGUCACCACCCCAGGCCUGUAACUGCAGCCAGGUGGCCCGAAAGGGGUGAUCUGUCCCUUUCCCCGUAAAAACCGCUCCGAAAAGUUCGCUUCCCUCGGGACAUCGGGAGCCGAGCCGCCUGGUGGUUCUUUAACACCGAGGCCAGAGCCAGGAGCCACCCGCAGGCAUCGGGGACAUGGCACAGCCAGGAAUGAACGGAACCUUAUUUCUCCCUGUAAAAUCCAGGCCCCCGGAGGCGAGGACGGGGGAGGGCGCGAAGGCCCCUGUCCGCCUACGUGGGUGUUAAUUCAAUCAGUUGAGUCUAAAAUGAUUCUGUUUCCCCAACCAGCCCAAGGUUUCCCCAAAGCAAGCCACUGAGUCCCCGCCAGGGGGUCCCAGGUAGAAAGACCGAGGCGAGUUCUUGGUUCCGUGUUGCUGCUUCGACUUCAGAAAAAAAAUUAUGCGAGCUCCUUGCGCGAUUGAAAAUUUCUAUUUAAUGAAGACGUGUCUAAGCCCCACUAUUUAUUGUUUGAGGUUUGAUUUCUCCGGACAUUUAAAAAGAAUGUUUUAUGUGGGGGUGUUUUUUUGGGGGGUAACAGGCUCCCAAUCACAUCAGCGUAUUUCACAGUAACUAAAACUGUCUGGAGGUCAGGAAUCCGUGGGAUGGAGGGGUGAAUGUGCAGGUCCGCAUUGGAAUCGGAUUGUUCUAGAAGCGUCCUGGGGUCCCAUGGUGAGGAGAGAGGAACGAGUCAUUUCAGAAAGGAAAAAAAAAAAAAUCAACCGAUCGCUUUUCCCAGAAUCUUGACGGAGAUGUUCAGAAUAGCGUCAGAUUUGUCAGCGAUCCUUCACGUUUCUUUUGAAAUUUAUGAUUGCAGCCUCCGCGUAAACCUUUAUAGAAAAACCUAUCUGGCGAGUACACCAAAGAAACCAGCUCCUGAAAGAUCAUGAUCAGCCAUGAACUGCCAACCUCAUCUGUUUUUGAAACCGAGUUUCCCCCCUCCCCCACCCCACCCCCCAUGUAAAUAUUUGUGUUCAUAAAUGUACAGCAGAGCGAGAGUGGUUUUUUUGUUUUGUUUUUUAUUUUAGAUUAUUUAAUGCCCAUCUUUCUAAACUAUUGAUGACAGAAAUAAUCCUCGCUUGUGCGUCGGGACGACGUCACCGUUUUGUUCUUUGAGUCAUGUUAUCGGUCACGCUCGGGACGUGUUUCCGAGAGAGAAUCCAGUGUCCUGUGGCCGUGGCCAGGGUCCACGUGACACACGGGGGAGCGAGCGCCGUGUGUUAGGCUAAGCGACGAGAACGCCUGUGACCCCGGGGGAUUCUAACCGCCCUGCCCAAGUGCUCAGCAGCCCAGGAUAUGACCGGGAUGAGGCCCUCUGCCCCCAAAUUGAGCUUUCAUGUAACUCCUAGUGUGUUCUCUCAUACUGUAUUUUGUUCUUCCUUUGUAAUGUAAGUUUGUUUUGCUUUGGGUCAGUUUGAAUUAAAAAAAAACAAAACUUCAAUCUGGUUUUAA